UACGUAGGACAGAGUGAUUCGGCUAGUGAAGAACUCUUCUGCGUUUUGAAAACUCAAAAAGAUACAAACACUCAACAAAUAUCGUCAGACGUGGCGAUGUUAUUCGCCGGUUUAAUUAUCAUCGCUUUGGUGAUAUUGGUAUUUUUAUUUGUUAUAUAUAUCGUCGCGGAACCCCAUCCAAGCCUUGAACGUCAUGAGUCCGAAAUGUUCUUUGUCGAUCCGAAAAACAACAAAAGAAAGUUACGUUUUUUGCAUAAUACCGACGCUGCCUCUAUAGACCUUACUGUUGUGGUACCUGCGUAUAAUGAAGAAGAACGAAUGCCGCAGAUGUUAAACGAAGCUAUAGCUUACUUAAACAAACGACAGAAAAGCAACCCCGCUUUUACGUACGAGAUAAUUAUCGUUGACGAUGGCAGUAGCGACGGCACUACAGAAACCGGACUGUUGUACGUGGGGAAGUAUGGAGUGGAUAAAAUCCGGGUGUUGACGCUUGAGAAAAAUCGCGGUAAAGGAGGCGCAAUCCGUCUGGGAGUGUUGUCGUCCCGUGGUCGGAGAAUACUCUUCGCCGAUGCUGAUGGAGCCACUAAGUUCAGUGAUCUGGAUAAAUUGGAAAAGAAAUUAGAGCAAGAAAUUCGUAAAAUUCCAUCAAAUUUGGUCGUAAUUUGCGGUUCGCGAGCACACUUGGAAAAAGAUUCUAUAGCCACACGGACCUACUUUAGGACUAUUCUCAUGUACGGUUUCCACUUUGUUGUUUGGCUUCUCUGCGUGAGAGGUGUGAAGGAUACCCAAUGUGGAUUUAAACUGCUGAGUAGAGAGGCCGCUUUGCUUCUGUUCCGAAACUUACACGUGGAAAGGUGGGCUUUCGAUGUUGACAUUCUUUAUCUUGCGCAGUAUUUUAAAAUGAGAAUUGCAGAAGUAGCUGUCACUUGGGAAGAAAUUGAAGGCUCUAAAUUAGUUCCUUUCUGGAGCUGGUUGCAAAUGGGCAAGGACCUCUUCCUCAUUUGGCUUCACUAUUCUAUUGGAGCGUGGAGAAUUAAUUCAAAGCGGAAAGUCACGUAAAAUAUUUAUGUUUAUUUAAGUCCAUGACGAUAAUUAUUAACUGUUAUAAUUAUUUUUAUAAUCAUUAUUGGAUAGGGACCAGAUUGAUGGAUCGACGGAGUAAAUAUGAUGUUCUAUUUAAUAAUCUCCCUUUACGUUCUGAGUUCAAAUCUUACCCGGGUCGAUAAAAUCAGAGUCCAGUCAAGUACUGUGGUCAAUUAAGUCGGUUAUACCCCAAAACCUGAAUUUGUGCUUGGAUAUGUGUUGGGAUUAUAACAGAAAAAUAUAGAGAAAUUGUAUUGAGUUUGACUUUUUACAGAAUUCAACAUUUGAAUUACGGCCAGGAUAAGAUCCUACGGGGAUCCAUACUGUAGCACUGCCUUUAUUAGGUUUAAUCGAUUAUAUCAAUCCAUGUACUUUGAUCGACUUUAGAAAGACGACAGGCAAAAGUGGACCUGGGUAAGAUUUUAAACCAGAAAACGUAAAGGGACUUAACUAAAUUCCACGAGGAAUUUAGUCCCUCGGUUUAUCAAUUCUGACGUAACUCUCCUCAAAAAGUUUUU